GAACGCGAUCCGAACCGCAAAGCUAGCGGUUUGGCGCGCGCGGCGGCGACGGGCACGUUCCCUUGCUUCCCCGCCCCUCCCCGCCUAAACCGAAUCUAACCGCCGUCCGCCACCUUCGCGCGCGAAAUUCCCCCCUCCCCUUCGCGCCGCCGCCGCCGACCACCACCCGUCCCGGCGACAAGGCUACUCCGCCAAGAACCCAACUUUCGCGGCGCGGGAACACCAGGGGGAAGGCCAGGACGCGCGCGGGGCAACCCGUCACCCAUCUCGGAGCGGCGUGACCAAUGGGCUCCGGCGAAUAGCUCGACCCCCUCGAGCUCGCCCGAAUCACCGCGGCGGCGUCGCGUCUUAUCUCCUCCUCGUUUGUUGUUCCGGCGUGAUGACGAGGCUGAUGAGAAAGAACCGAUCCACGGGCUAAGCUAGCAUUCCCGUGCCUUCCUGUUGGUUUCUCCGGUGAUCUCGUCUAGUUCCUUCCUUCGCCGUACUGGGAGCCUGAGCGUGUCGUCUAGAGACGGCGGGUGGAGAACUGGCCUGGCUGCAGGGCUGCCAUUAUCCGGGAGGAGGCGCUACCGUUGCCAUGGGUGCACGGCGAGGGCUUCGCCUUGUCGCUGGGCACCGGCUGCUGUUCAUCUUCCUCGUUGUGCUCCAGGCACAGGCGGGGCGCAGCUCGGGUUCGCUCAAUGGUGAAGGAUUGGCGUUGCUGGAACUGAGGGCGAGGGUGGAGGCUGAUCCCCAUGCAGCCUUCCAGGAUUGGGAUCCCAUGGACAGCGACCCCUGCAGCUGGUCUGGCGUGCGAUGCUUUGACGGUAAAGUAGAGAUUUUGAACCUAACAGGCCGAGAAUUGGCUGGAACUCUCGCACCUGAGAUCGGAAGCCUUCAAUCUCUAAAAUCACUUUUACUUCCGAAGAACAAUUUCCAUGGGCGAAUUCCCAGAGAGUUUGGAGGAUUGACUGCUCUAGAAGUGCUAGAUUUGAGCAGCAACAACUUGGAUGGAACAAUUCCAGAAGAACUAAGGGCAAUGCCACUGCUCAAACAACUAUCGCUUCAUGACAAUCAGUUCCAACCAGGCAUAUCUUCUUUCGACACCCAAGAGAUAGUCGCUGAUGAGGAAGGAUGCUUGAGCAGAAAACUAGGGUGCUGGUCGGGCUUUAAGGAUUGGAUUUCUCUCAGUGGCCUCCGAGAUAAAUAUUGCACCAACAUACCAAGUCUCAGUGAGGCACAUAUCAUGCAUAAUUUGCAGUCCUUUGCGAGUGCCAUGCACCGCAGGCUUCUCCUUGAAGCUGGCAACCUGCCUGCUUUAUCAGGGAAUGAUGCUAAAUCUUCUGAUCGGGCAAAUUCAGAAGAAACCGAAAGACCUGUUGAUGUGCUUUCUCUAGGGAGUGGCUCAUUCCCUGCAUUUCCAAACUCAGACGGCCAAAUUCUGAUGCCUUUGCUUCCUGAAUCGAUUGAUGCUACCACAUUGCAGCAGCUGUCUGCAGAAGUGGCCCAAUCGACUGAUGAAGAGUUGUCUGGUGCAAAGUACAGCAAGUGGGCAUAUCUGAUCAUAAUUCUGGCUGCAAUAUUACUCAUUAGCGUGAUUGUUGCUUCGGUUUUGGUUUGGCGGAAGCGAGGGCGUGUGCCAAUAGCCCCUUGGAAAACGGGACUGAGUGGUCCUCUUCAAAAGGCAUUUGUAACAGGCGUUUCAAAACUGAACAGACUUGAGCUUGAAGCCGCUUGUGAGGAUUUCAGCAACAUUAUCAAUACUUAUCCAAGCUGCACUGUGUUCAAGGGGACACUAUCUAGCGGAUCUGAGAUCGCUGUUGUCUCCACUGUCAUUUCAUCGAGCAAAGAUUGGCCUAGGAGUUCAGAAACGUUCUUCAGAAAAAAGAUAGAUACGCUGUCAAGAGUCAACCACAAGAACUUUAUCAAUUUCCUCGGCUAUUGCUUAGAAAACGAGCCUUUCAUGAGAAUGAUGGUGUUUGAGUUUGCUCCAAACGGCACUCUCUCACAGCAUCUUCACCUCAAAGAAUUUGAGCAUCUCGACUGGGCUGCCAGGAUGAGGAUCAUCAUGGGCAUCGCAUACUGCCUCCAGUACACGCACCAUGAGCUCAAUCCACCUGUUGCGAUAAAUGAUGUGUACUCCGAAACAAUAUUCAUGACAGAUGACUAUGCUGCCAAGAUUGCUGAUGUCAGUGUCUGGAAAGAAGUCAUCGACAAAGCAAAGACUGCAAAGGAGGGCAGCAGCAGGCAUUCUGAAGCUCCCACAGAUCUCGCGAGCAAUGUAUACUGCUUCGGCGCGCUUCUGAUCGAGAUCAUAUCAGGAAAGCUUCCUGAAUCGGACGAUCAUGAAUCCAUGUGCAACUGGGCUUCUGAAUAUCUGAAGGACAAGAGCUACAGCAAGCUCGUCGACGCGUCACUGAAGGAUCACAACGGUAACGAGCUCGAGACCGUCUGCGAGGUGAUCCAGGAGUGCAUCGACCCGGACCUGAAUCGGCGGCCGACGAUGAGAGACGUCGUGGGCAAACUGAGAGCAGCUCUCAACAUAUCCCCUGAGGCAGCGGCGCCACGGCUCACGCCACUCUGGUGGGCGGAGCUCGAGUUACUAUCCGUGAAGUCAAGCUAGCAGAGAGAAUGCUAUAUACUGAUACUGUACCAACAUGUUGUAACACUCCUCUUUAACAAGAUCACAUAUGUAUGUAUACUUGGUUCAUGUUACUGAUGCCAUUAGUAUUUUUACUAAGUGUAUGCGUAUGCGGCGACCAUUAACGCAGAGAAGAUGUGACAAAUGUGGUGUAAUGUAACCAAUGAACAUGAUCUUUACAAAGGAGGGGAAUAUAGUGACUUGUAUGAGUGCUUGUAA